AUGUCAUCAAACUCAAAUUUGCCUCAGGGUGCCUUCUUCACCAACAUCGGCGGGAAGAGGUGUACCGCGAUUCCAAAGAACAGUGGUGGCAACAAUGGCAACACUCGUGGGGGAACUCGGGGAGGGGGCAACACUGGGGGUCGGACUUCAGCUGCGCCGUCGCGAACGCGGGCUAGGAAUACGAGUGUAGCAUCAAUCAGUACGACGCACUCUCCAUCGUCACUACCCCCAGCUCAGACAACCCUCAGCACCACCACCACCACACCUCCGCCUCCUCCACCAGCGCCUACAGAGACACCGUCUACAUCAACGCCGGAGCCGGCACGGUCGACACCGGCGUCGGAAGUCCCCCCUCCCGCACUCGCUGCCCCUGCUCCCGCCUCGUCCUCUGACUCGUCCUCUGUUGCGCCUGUAACCACUACCCCCGCUGCUUCUACCACCCAACCAACCCCCGUCCAAUCCCAACCAACUCCUUCACAACCCGCUCCUGCUCAAGAAGGAGCAACUGAUGGUGGGGCUGGGUCUGGGGCUGGGUCUGGGUCUGGAACUGGAAACGGGACCGGCACCGGGACUGGAAACGGGACCGGCACCGGGACUGGGACCGGGGGCGAGGCCGCUGCGUCACAGCCUGCCGCACAGAGCACUCCCCCGGCUGCAGCGCCGGCCGCGUCGUCUGAAAGCACACCAAUAGCCAGUUUCUCUGUCAUUGGGGACGGUGUCGGCACUUCAGCCGUAUCAUCUGCAUUGCCACCAGCACAGCCUGCACAAAGCCCAAGCCCAGAAGCUGAUCUUAAAGACCCAGCAGCUACCACCGCAUCACUGCAGCCGAGCUCAACAUCUGCGCCUGCGGCAGACGCAACGAGCACCCCAGCCGCCCCGGGAACCUCUCCCCUGCCCAUAGCUGCCGAACCAACACCCUCCUCAAGCCCCGGUGCGACGCCGGCGAUCACUACAAUUGGCACUGCUCAGCCGACAGAUAGCGGUGCCACUAACUCUGGCAGCGGAACCGGCACUGGUUCGGGUGCCGGCGCCGGCAUCAACAAUAACAACAACCCGACAGUCAGCGCAGUGCCAGCCAGUGGCAACGAUGGGGACGGUAACAAGAUGACCGUGGCAGUUGCCGGAGGCGUGGUCGGCGGCGUGAUCCUGAUCAGCCUGAUCGCCUUCUUGAUAUGGUUCCUCAGGAAGAGGCAGCUCAAGAAGAGGAGGAGCACGCUUUUGACACCAUUGUCGACCGGUACAGGUCCGGGCUUCCCUGCCGAUAAAUCUUACGUUAUCAACCGCGGCAGUAUUGGUCCGACGGCUCGAACCGAGAAACUCAAGGCAUCUGUUGCAUAUGGCAUUGGCAAGGUCAAGGAGCGCGUCAACUCUUUCGUCUCCCGCGGGAACGGCUCGAGUGGAGGCGUCAACAUGAAUCGCGGAAACUCGCAGUUUAUGGAGAACACCAGCCCGACCCUGUCAAGAUCGAACAGCAUCGCCUCACGACAUGCAGAUGGAGGCGUCAAGGGAUGGUGGGGAGGAGUGGCUGCGGCAGGCAUGUUCAAGCGGAACAAGAAGGAGGAUACUGGGGAUCCGUUCGGAAGCGUGCAGGAAAAGAAGGCUCCAAUGACUGCCGGCAACGUAACUGCGCAGCCAGACUUCCUCACUCUCCUGGGUAUGGAUGAUCGGGAGCUUCAGCGUGAGGCGCAGAGGAAGAGGGCCAGCCGAAACGGCAGCGCCUCUUCCACCGAUCACUUCCUUGGUAAUCUGGGCCUAAGCUUUAACAAUAGCAACGGUGGCGGUGAUGACCCCUUCGCCGACUCGAAUUCUCUACCACAUCAGAGUGCAAAGCCAGCGCCACUAAAACCAGGCGGUAGCAGCGGCAACAGUGAUCCUUUCUCCGACGCCAACCAGAUACCCGCAGCAGCCGCCACCAAGCCAUCUACCUAUGUUGAGAACGUCCGUAGUUCUCGUGGCUCGUCCAUCGGAAGGCUAGACAGCUUCUAUCAGCGCGAGUCUGUGAACAGUGUAGAGAGCUUCGAGACGAGACGUAAUAAGUUCCGAUCCGACCCAUUCGACCUCGAACGGCCAGAGCUCCUAGGUCGCAGCCAAGGCAGCAACAAUUUCGGUAUGCUAGGCGGCGACGUCCCACGGCUCAGCAGCGCCAUACCAGGAAUCGCCAUCAAGCCGCCCCGGUCAGUUCACCAGAGAUCCGAGAGCUUCACGUCCAAGUACUCGAGCGGCGUGAGCUUGGGUGACUGGAGCGACCCGGGUCCCGAUAUUGGGCCGGGCAGCAGUCGUCAGGACCUGCCCGAAAUGCUUAGGGAAGAAUCGCCUACACAGGGAAUCAACUCAAGGCGAUCUCCCAGCAAUGCCAGCACUGGCGUUGGAAAGGCGAUGUGA